UUUAAAGAUGGGUUAGGUUAACUCAUAAAAUAUUCAUGGGAAAAAAAAAAAUUGAGGCAAGCAUAUGAUUUCAUACCAAACAGUAGAAUCAUUUGAACCAAUUCACCCUUUCAUGCACAAAUAACCUCAAAGAUUUCUUUUUCCUCAAGUGUUUUUAUUAGUCUUUAGACAUGAAAGAAAAAAAAAAUAAUCGCAGUGGAUGGUAACACACACAAGGGUCCAUUGCAGUGGUUGAUGCACAACUGUGACAAAAGAGAAGAUGUGAAUAGCUGUCCACUCUUGUAACCGCUGCCCCCAAAAGGGUUCAAUUCCCGAAAUAAUGAAAUGGAGAAGCAGAAUGAAUUCCAUCUUUUUUUUCCAGAAACGAUUAUACACUCUGGUAAUCAAAUUAAUCAAUAUUGUGAGACAUUCAAAAACUGUGUAGUGUAGAUAAACCCAAACAUAUUUGAAAUGACAUCGCAAUGAAGACUGCGGUAGUCGAGACGGCUGAUUGACUUUCGCCAGAGUUAUGACCAUUUUGCAAUUAAAAAAAAACAAAAAACAAAUCCAGAGGUAAUCGGCCUAAUUCCUCACAUCAUAAUUUGACCACCUAAAUCCACUCACAAACAGAUUAGAUUUCUUGAAAAAUUUGGGGCUAUUGAGUAUGAUAUUGCAAUGUGACUCUCAACAACCGCUCACAUCGCACUUAUUCUGCUUCUGUCGCUCACUUCCAAGUUCGCAUUCAGGCAAACAAUGAAUAAUGCCUUUGGAAAUCUUUUUUUUUUUUAAUCUUAUUUGGAGCAUUGAAAUGGCUACUUACAUUCGCUCCUAUUGUGAAAUCCCAUUUGUGUAUUUGUCCUUGUCUCUUAUGAAAUGGGAUUUUUGUCAGUUGCUAUACAUUGGACAAGGUCAGGGCCUUCCGCCGUUGCUUUAGAACGUUCCGCAGGAGGGAGCCUCUUCUCGCAAUGACGUCGUAGAAAACGGACAUAUUUUGGGGGCGACUUGAAACGCAUCCUUGAUGCAAUACGCCGGUUAUAAGAAGUUUACAUCCCCUGUUUAAAUGCUUAGGGGUUGUGACUGCGCCCCGGCGCUACCGCCAGCAGAAAUCCAAGCUGUCAGUUAACUGGCUUUAGGUGACCUUUAGGCCGCGUACCUCUCAACGCCUCAGCGAUGAAUAUGACUCUUUGUUGACUAAGACGUAAACGUAUGCCUCAUGAUCUUGGAUUUGGCACACACGCACGCACACAAACACACGUGCGCAUUACACAUGCACCUCGCCCGGCGCAUAUACACCCCAGAGUGAAUGGGGUGUAUUAUACACCUGCAAACGGGGGUCAAAGUCUGUCAAUCCCAAGAUUAUCGUAUUACGAUAGAUUAUAGAAUCAUUCUUCUAAUGGCAGUCAUUGAGUUUGUAAUCUCUGCAGCAGCUCCAUGCAAAAAAAAAAAAAAAAAAAGAGGACCAAGCGUUCCAGCCGGUAAGAAAAUAAGCCGUUAUGCUCCUCCAUCGUCCCUCCCUUAACACAGAGGUCUUUGGACAAGUCAGCUGUUGCCGACAUCGCAGAUGUUGGAUCAUAUGUCAGAAACCUUUGCUACCCGGGGGUGGGCCACUUGAGGUGAAAGCAGCGGCUGACGAGGGGGGUUCUUAGCGCAAGUCCGCUCUUAGGGCAGGAGCAUCUGACCCCUUUGUGAGGUUUGUGUGCCAUCAUCUUGAAAAGACAGUGAGCUUCUGUUUUUGAUCAGGGAGCACUGCUAUGUGGGUUGUUUCAUGGCUUUCAGCGCCAUCUGCAGACAACUGUAGUCAUUACAGAUCUGGCUCUAAAGGAAAGGCUUGGAGUAGCUUCAUUUACAAACGGUGAAGAGGAAUUGUCCAGUAGUUUGGGUUGUGUUAUGUGCAUGUACUGUACCUGUGUUAGUCAAUAAACAAAAAAAAAGACAAACACGUUUUGUAUGAUUUGUAUUUUAAACCUCAUCCCCGGGGCUUAAAAAAUACAAAUAUCCGUACAACAUCCAUCCAUUAUUUGAACCGGUUACCCUCACAACGAUUACCAAAUUAAUUCAUAAUUAUGUUUAAUACGAGUUCAAAAGGUAUCUUUUCUGUACAGUUCGAUGUUCCAUGUCAUCAAAUGGAAGGACAGUAUUUGGUGUAAAAUUCAGUUUGAACGACUGUGAAAUAUUAGUACAGUUAUAUUUUGAAGUUUUGAUAGUAAAUUGUAUGUUUCAGCAAAUGCGGGAAUCUUUGAUGCAGCUUUUGCUUGAAAAUGUACUGUUACCAUAUCAUUGUGCUAUAUUAUGCGACUCUUGAAAUGUAUUACAUUUUGUGUUAUGAGCUUUAAUCUGUAACUAUUACUGUAUUUAUAUUGUCACGAGUCAAUCCCUUUAUUUCUCCGUGUAUUUGUAUGUCAUUCAUUAUGUGUGUAUAAUUUGUAAAAACAAACAACGCACUUACCUGCAGUCUCUUCCAAUUUGUCAUCUGUCAGUUGUUUUUCCGAGUGUCCCUAAAUGCAGCACUCGGUCGCCGUAGCAACGGGUCGCAAAACGCAGCACAGCGACGCUCUGCUGGAAUCUUCGCGCCUUCGCAUUUCGUCAUACGGCGGAAAAUUUUUCAAUUAUAGUCAUUAUGGAAACGGUGAAGGCCGCCGAGAAGACGUGUGGAAAGUUGACUUUUCCCGGAAUUGACGAUGCCGGAAACGGAGCGUCCACCCAGGAGAGGCCGCCGCAAGCGGAAAAGGAACAGGAAAAGUCCUGCUGCCCUGCUCGAAUUUCCAAGCUGGAGAGAGAUUUAUUGGCACUGGUGAUUGACAUCCAAGCCGCUGCCGACGCCAAAGAAUCCCUGCGAAGGGAAGAGUUGGAGGUCGCUCGCAAGCUACGCUUAGAGCGCCUGGAGAAAGAAGUCAACUCCAGCCAGGAGAAGUUUGAGGAGAUCACCGCCAGAUGGUCGUUGGCCGAACAGACAGUCAUCCCUUAUGAGCUGCAGGAAACGCUCAAGUGGCAGCAGCUCUUGUGUGCGGAACUUAUCGAAGACAAGAGGAAAGUCAUCAAAGACCUCCAGCAGCAGGAGUUGAAGAGUGGAGACGAUCGCUUUGUGAAGGACUUGAGGAGGCAGGCCAACGAGAUUGAUCAGAUGAUGCAACGCUCUGAAGAGCUCGUCAGUCUUCUGACACAGGCCUACAGGGAGGAGCUGGACCAGAUUGAGAGCGUGUACCAGCAGGAGUAUGACGUCCUGCUCACAAAAGACCAGACGGAAUGGGAGCAGUGCGUUCAGGAGCUGUGGGACCAGCAGCAAGAGCGGCUAGCAGAGAGGAAAAGGACCGUGGAGAAGUAUGAAGCCAAAAUUUACAACCUGAUGAUGGAUCCGGAAUAUAAGUAUGAUGCGGCCAGGGCUGAGCACUUCGCUCAGCUUCAGGCCCUGGAGAGGGAACAUCAGCAGGCAAUGGCCGACGGUGUGCUCGGUAAUAUCAACUACAUCAAAGACAAGGAUGACAGAGAGAUGUACAACUUAGCCCACAUGAAGAGCAGAAUACUCAGUCUGCAAACCGAGCUGAAGAACUUGCGGCGCACCUACUUGAGUGGCAAGAAACAAUCGGAGGAGCAGAGCAGCCGUUUGUCCGGCGACUACAAACGUGGCAUCGAGCAAUACCAGUGCAUGCAGCAGAGAAUCAAGCACUUUGCUGUCUCUGAUGCCAAGCAAUUUGAGGAAACAUGGCGGAUGCUUGACAAGGAGGUGAGGCAACAAGCCGAGAAGGCUUUACUCAUCGACCGCAUGAUUUACAAGCAGCACCUCAAUCUGCCCUGGGCGAGACCUCGAGCGGCUUCGUCCUUGGGACUGUCCGAUCCAGACCACCUUUGGAAACAAGCCAGCGCGGAACAGUCUGCGUCGCUGCCGGAAAGCUCUGCUGGGAUGGAUGGAGCUGCUGCGGCACCGGCGGAGGAGAAGCUGCCCUUGGAUACCAUCAAGGAACUCAUGGAGUUGCUGUGUGACGAGUUGGGCUUCCUGACGGAGGACCGACUCCAACUGUUGGCAACCUUGGACAAGAAGGAACAGAAUGUCAUAAAGCUUGAGACUCUUCUCCAAAUUUUGGGGAUUGAAGAGGAGGAUUUACCCAGGUUGGCUAACUUUAUGCUCAAGUACCAGCAGAGGGAGCCAGCUGAGGGUGGUUCUCCUGGUUUAGAUGAAUCCAGCGACAAAACACAGGAAGGUGCCACCAGCUCGCCGUGUCAUCCCAACCACAUCCUGCCUGCUUUGAAGGAGUUCUUGAAGCAUCACACUCGCUUCAGGAGGAGCCAUGCCACUGGGCAGCCUUGCUACUGGAGCGCAGACAUGUGGGAUUCCUCGGCAGACGAAGCCUAUUGGGAGAGUUUGGCCAACGUCAUCCCUGAGGAUCAACUCAAAGUGUGGGAGUCGGCGGAGCUCGUCCUGAAGAAGCACAUGUACGCAAGUGGGAAGCUAACACGCGUGCGCAAGACACAUCGUCAAGUCGUCUCCUUCCCUCUGUCCUCCAGGGCGGUUCUCACCAAGAUAUCGGAUCGCAUCCCUGAAAUUGAGCGCCUGGAACAGCAGAACGCAGAACUUCGCAGGCUCCUGCAACGAUCUGUUGACUCAUGAGUUUUGGACGUUUGUUUUGACGAUCAUCUGCCUUUUUAUCCGGAAUUCCGAAAUCGCGUUGAAAUAGCUGCAUUAACUGCAGACAAAAUUUGGAACAAAAAAAGCUAUAGAUGGUCGUUUAGGAAAAAAAAAUCUUACUAUUCAUGG